UUAAGAGACUUCCUCUCUAUCUUACUUGCACAUCUACAAUGGCAUUGUGGUACUUUAACCUCUUCCUUCUUCUCUCCUUCUCAGGAGCCCAAGCAGCUAUUUUCACAUUGAAGAACAAUUGUAGGAACACCAUAUGGCCCGGUAUCCAAGCGGGCUCCGGUAAACCCGUCUUGAACAACGGCGGGUUUAAGCUAAAACCCGGUGAAUCUGUGAAUAUCAAUGCACCAACAGGAUGGUCAGGUCGUUUCUGGGGUCGUCGUUCAUGUUCUUUCGAUGCUACCGGGAAGGGAACCUGUUUAACAGGUGAUUGUGGGGGUGUCUUAGAAUGUGCCGGCGCAGGCGGAGCACCACCCACAACACUUGCAGAAUUCACCCUUGAUAGUCCAAUGGAUUUCUAUGAUGUUAGCCUUGUUGAUGGUUAUGACCUUUCUGUCUCAAUAGUACCCGUCGGCGGUACCGGAGAUUGUAAGCCGACAAAGUGUGUCUCAGACCUGAACAGAACUUGCCCAACAAGUCUGCAAGUGAAAAACAGUAAGGGGAGGGUGAUUGCAUGUAAGAGUGCUUGUAUGGCUUUCAAUAGCCCCGAGUACUGCUGUACUGGGGCUUUUGGGUCUCCAAAUACUUGCAAGCCAACUGAUUACUCUAAGGCAUUCAAGGCUGCUUGCCCAACUGCAUAUAGCUAUGCCUAUGAUGAUGCCACAAGCACUUUUACAUGCAAGGGAGCUAACUAUUUGAUCUCAUUUUGUUAACUUCACAUUCAAUUCAUUCUCCUUUUCUUACUUAUUAUGCAAU